UCAAAUUGUAAUAUUUUAAAGUCACAAAUCUACCAUACUUCUAUGUACAAUUACUUAAGGACCACCCUGUAUAUCAGCAGAUAUGAUAAGAUAGGAGAGCUUUUUUAGACUUACGUCAGUCGUGAUUGUACGCGACGCCGUGCGAUACCAAAAACAAAAUAAAUGUCUAACGAUAUUCACCCACAAGUCCGCCAGACGUUGGAACAAUUGCUCAACGGAGGUGAAGGCGAUUUGGAGAUAGUUUCCCAUGACCCUAAUAAGAAGGGCGAAGGGUUCUCGGGAGCUAUUGUUUUCGUGACAUUACGAGAUAAAAGAACUCGCAAUGAGCUCAACGUUAUUGUGAAGCAAGCUUACAGAGGGCCCUCGGUCAGGGAGUUGCUGCAGAGGGAUGUUUUCAUUAAUGAGACAUAUUUUUACACAAAGGUUUGGUCCAGGCUGGAUAAAUUCCAAGAACGCAUUCCGGAGAAGUGCCGCUUCCAGAAAGUACCCAAAUGUUUAGCUUCGGAUUCGAACGAGAGCAUUAUGUUCUUAGUUAUGGAGAACUUGAAAUUGCAGCAUUUCCACAAUCACGUGAAGAAAGUGCUCUUAGACAGGGAACAUUACGAACUUAUUUUUAAGGAAUACGGGAAAUUUCACGGUAUAUCCUUCGCCUAUAAAGCUUUACACCCUGAAAAGUACGUAGAAAUGGCAGAAGGGUUGGUAAACAUGUAUUCGAUUCUAGCCAAGAAACACUUUUAUCAAAAUAGCAUAAAGUAUGCUUAUGAAAUUUGUGCUGAAAGCCUUCAACCAGGAGUAGACGAUGCUGUGAUCGAAAAGUUACGACACUAUCUUCAAAAUUAUAAAGGAAUAUUCUUAGAAAUUGCAGAAGCUGAAACAAAAUAUGCUGUUAUUACUCAUGGGGACUGCUGGAGUAGUAACAUGAUGUUUAAGUAUAACGAUUCCAAAAAGGUGACGGAUGUAAGGUUUUUCGAUUUUCAAUUUGCCAGAAGCGCUUCUCCUUGUUGCGACCUCUCUUAUUGUCUUUACUCGGGAGCAUCGAAGGAAGUCUUGAAGGAUCUGGACUAUUUACUCCAAAUUUACCACGAUAGUUUAUCCGAAACCCUCAAGCAAUUUGGAUGUGACUCUGAUAAACUUUUUCCUAUGCAGGCACUGAAGGAGGAUUGGAAGAGAUUUUGCAAGCUAGCGCUAACCAUGUCGCUGAUGGUUUGGAGAGUGAAAUUCGUAUACGAGGAAGAAUGGAAGGACAAUACCGAUGAAGCAAUUAAUGUCCAAGAACAGAUAAUACAGUCAGGCUACGAUGAAACCGCGUUCAACAAAACUGUUAGAGAUUUGCUCUAUCACUUACAUGAAAAUGAUUUUUUGUAAAAUUAAACAAAAUAAAUUGUUAAAAUAACCAAU